CUACUGUUUAUGCAAACACAGUAGUUGAAAAAAAACAGACUACUGUAAGUUUUUCAUAAGAACAGAACGGUAGUCUAGGUUGUAUGCUUUAAAACUAUUUUUCAAGUUUCGAGAAACGGUAAUGUUUCAUUAGUUGUCUGUCUCAGUUCAAGAUACAGUUUUUUUUACAACAGUUGUCAAUAAGAAGUUAAGAAUACUCUAUUUAAACAAUAGUCUGGGUUGUUAUUCUAGAACUGUUUUAAAAUUUAUUAGAAACAAAUAUGGCCAGCACUAAACAGAAUGCGCAGGCUGGAGGUGCAAUCCAAAAACCAAUUCUCCGAUCCUCUCCAAGGCACAAGAAACCUGAAGGUCUUUCAGACCGUAAUGAACUACAAUGUCAUAGUUCCCCAAAACCCGAGCUCCGAAAAUCUCCCAGGCUUAAAAGAAAAGAUCGGCCGAGCACUUUGACAGUGGUGCAAGCAUUGAGUGGCUCAAGGUCAAAGAAUGUGCAAAGCCAUUCUACUCCCUUGCCCGUCACCCCAAAGCCAAAGCCUAUAUUUGACAAUGUACAAAAACAGAUCAAGCAGAAGAGAAAGCGGGAAGAAGUCGAAAGUGAAAGUGUCGCCAAGCCUUCUGGGGGUGGGUUGAAACUCCGAAAACGUGGAUGUGUUUCAAUGCACCGCGUUGUGAAACGUAAGAUAAAUGGACAGAAACCAACGGUUCUGUUUAAUGAUAAGGGACAACCGUAUGGCGUGGCUGCUGCAGAGAUGCAAUCUUAUAUUAGAGUAUUGGCAAGGACAAAAGCUCCAAUAUGGUUUGACACUUGGAGGCAAGUUCCGGUAACCAUCAAGAACAAGAUUUGGAAAUCUGUCACAUUGGGGUUCGACCUACGCUUUUCUGCACAAAAACUUGUGCUGCAGUCGGCGAAUUCGAAGUGGAAACAAUUCAAGAGUACCCUGACAUGUAAAUAUAUUCUCCCCUUUCGAGAUGAACCUGAGAGGCUGAGGACUCCACCAGAGGACUUAUCUUUCUUGGAGAAGAAUCAUUGGGAUAUUUUUGUUGCUGAUCGUCUAAGCCCUGAGUUCUUGAAAGUCCAUGAUGAGCAUGUGAAGAGAGUUAAGGAAAACAAAUGUCCUCAUCGCUUGUCCCGAAAAGGCUAUGCAAACCUGGAACAGGAAUGGGACAAAGAAGGAAAUUUCAAGAGUGACUCUACAAAACAGAAGGCGGAGGAAAUUGAGUUCUUAAGGGAACAAGUAUGUUCUGGUGUGCUUACUGAAGAAGGUGAUGAUGAUGUAUUGACCAAGGCUCUUGGGAAGCCCGAGCACGAUGGAAGAAAGACACAAACAACGGUUGAUGAGCAAGUGAAGGAGGGUGUGAGACAACUUUUGGCAGAGGAGGUGAAUAACAUUGUUGCUUCAAGAGAUGCUUUUUGGAUGGCUGAGAUAGAGAAGUUGAAAUCAGAGAUCUGGAAGAAACAAGGAACUAGUCCCGCUGCCCCUUCCCAAGAGGCUAGCUGCUCACCUAAAUUCAGGGAAGGUGGGCAGAAUCAACAAGUGGUAAGGAAGAACCUUAAUGACUCAUUUGAUGCAGACCUUGAACCACUUAGAGAGAAUAAUGACAUUGAUGAUGAGUGUAAUCAUAUACCGUCCGUGGCAAUUUCUCAUGAUGAUCAUGCAAAGGUGGACAAGCUUGUGGGAGUUGGAGGACUUAAAGUAGAGAAGAAUAUAGAAAAAGAUGUCUUAGCUGAUGUUGAUUUUGGGGAGAGCCAAAUGGCACAGCUUGCUGUUGGUUCUGUGGACAAUAUUGUUGCACAUGCAAAGGUGUAUGGAUUCUCCCGGAUGGAUGACCUCACCCUACAUGGUGAAAAACUAGGUGAAGAAUAUGCAAAGGUGUCCAUUACAGAAGCAAUAAAAGAUGUUGACAUUCCAGUCCCAAUCCCCGGUGAAGUACUUACUGUUGAACAAGCCAAAGGAACUUUUGUAGCAUGGCCUAAGGAGCUGAUAGUCUUGGAUGUGCUUCCUAAAGCAAAGAAGGGUGGGGAACUCGCGGUCGUGGCGGCAGUAGUUGUGGGCGUGGAAGAGGACAUGCACAGUAUGGGGGUCGUGGCACACUUGCAGCACAUAAUGUAAUUGCAGCCACCAAUGCUACUACCGUAGCCAAUUCCACAAAGGAGCCUGCUGCUACUGACAUGGUA